AUGAGUUCGACUAAAGGUAGUUCCAAGUCGUCAUUGGCUGAUAUCAAACAAUUCGAAUCUACACUGACAACAGAAAAGACAGGAUUCUGGACUUCUGUUAAAGAUUCAUUCAAACCAGCAAUCCCAACAGAAACAUUAACAAGUCAGAGAUAUCAUAAAGAUGGAACAGAAUUAACCGAUCUUGAAAGGAUAAAUCUCAAUUCUGCCAACUCCAAUUUAAGUAGAAAAUUGAAAACCAGACACUUACAAAUGAUCUCCAUUGGGUCUUCCAUUGGAACGGGGUUGUUUGUGGGUACUGGUGGGGCUUUGGCAACUGGUGGACCGGCUGGUAUUAUGAUUG